UCCGUGCGACGUGUGGUGUUGCCGUGACGCGCUCGCUCGCAGUGACCGUCCGCUCCCCAGCCUAGGGACUGACUGGGGCUGCGGCAAACUAAAAGGAUACGCGCUGCUGCUCCGGAGACCCCGCGACCUCUGCAACACGUUGCCCCCUGCGGUGUAUCUUCACUCACUGGCGCCAUCGGGGGACAUCGUGAAGGCGAACACCUAGAGGGUCCCCCAGCAUGACAAGGAAAUGCCGGCGGCGGUGGUGGACACUGCUGCUGGCGCUCCUCUGCCUCACGCCGUGCGUGCUCGCAGUAUGCGAAGUGGAAGGCGGCGGAACAGUGGUCAUCAUGGAUAUUCAAGAGAGCCGAGGCAACCAGACGGACCAGGAGACGCAGCCGCGGGAACUUCCAGUCCUGGGUGACAUACAGGACAUCGAGCUGAGCAUUCAGUCAGCCAGCUACGACGUCUUCCAGCUGCUUGGCAAACGCUUCAUCCUCAAGAGGCCACUCGACAGAGACGCUGACGACUUGGCGUCCAUUAGGCUUCAAGUCCUUUGCCAGGCCAGAUUAGGCAGAGUACAGCCUUUUUCGCAGCGAGCCAUUCAGGUGCUGGUACGAGUCAACGACAUCAACGACAACCCGCCGCUCUUCAGGCGCUCCCACUACGAAACCAAAGUCUCAGAGCUGGCUCCUGUGGGCACAACCAUAUUUCGCGAUCUAGCCACCAUGGAUAUGGACACGGGAACCAAUGGUCUUGUCGAGUACACCACAGCCCCAGGAGAUGGCAGCGACAACGACGGGUUCGAAUACUUUGCCAUUGACCUGCCCUACCAAGGACUAGUGACGGUAGCGAAGCCCCUGGACUAUGAAAAGGCCAAGUACUACCAUUUGGUCAUCAAAGCAACCGACACGGCGUCGAACCCAUCUGAGCGGCUGUCCAGCACUACCACGCUGACAGUGUUCGUCCAGGACGGUGACGACCAAGACCCGGCGUUUGUCUACAAAGGCUGCACUCUAGUUCACGGGGCUUGCGCCGAUGUCGAGUACAGCGCCGAAGUUACCAGCGGCCUCAUUUCGGGAAUCGUGAAAACGUAUCCCGAGGACAUCAGGGCGGAAGACCGGGAUUCUUUAAAAUCCAAGAUUCGCUACACUUUUGUCAAUGGAACGCCAGCGUUCUAUCACAACUAUUUUGAUAUCGACACAGAGAGCGGCCUAGUCCGCCAGCUCAAACCUGUUGAUCGGGCAUUGGCGAAAAGCUACGAAAUUAUCGUUAAGGCUGAAGAAGAAACUGCGAGUCGCCGGUUCGCCACGGCCCGGCUGACCAUCGGCGUGCGGGUGGUGGACAGCAACCCGCCCAUCUUGCUCGCUUCGGCCACCGAGGGCUUCGUGGACGAGAACUCUCCCGUCGGCACGUACGUGGUCACACAGCCGAGGGGCGACGAGCCACUCUACUUCAUGGUCAGCGACGACGACAUCGCUGAAGACGACCCACUGCCAGAGUACACUUUCGAGCUCACCACGACUGCCUUCAGAGUAAACAGUGAGGGCAUCUUGGUGGUCAACGAGCAAGAACUUGACAGGGAUCCACCGAACCAAAGCGUUCACACCUUCCAGGUCGUGGCACAUCAAGUAAACAGCGAGCCAGGUAAAGGCAGCAGCGCGCCCAUCUCCCUCAGCGUCCGCCUGAACGACGUCAAUGACAACAGCCCGAAGCUUCCCAACCUGAGCCCUGUGACCAUCCAGGCCGGAGAUGGAGUGCGAAACGUCACACAGGUCCAGGCCCGAGACGAUGACGAAGGAGAGUUCGCUCGCAUCAGUUACGCCGUGUAUCACGUGUCCAACAACGGUCGCGACAAGUUCCGCAUCGACCCCAACACUGGCGUGGUGCAAGUCAUAGGCAGGGUAUCCUCCGGGGAACAGUACAGCAUUACCGUGCAGGCAACGGACUCCGGGUCCAGGUUCAGCCAAGGAAUUCUGGACGUGAUAGUUAUACCCGGACCAAACACUGGAGGCCCGGUUUUUUCCAAAGAGAAGUACGAGGCUCAAGUGAGCGAAGGGGCCUCCGUCGGGUCUGCUGUGCUUACACUAAAGGCAACUGACCCCGAGGGAGACGAUGUGUCAUAUUCGAUCGUCGAAGGGAACGACAAAGGCGUGUUCACCGUCGAUUCAUCGAGUGGGACAAUAUCGGUCGCCAAAACCCUCAACCGAGAGGAAGUGGCCUCGUACACCCUGCAGGUCAAAGCAGAAGAUAGGAACAAUUUGUUCAACUUGGCAACAGUGAAGAUAGCCGUAACAGACAUAAAUGACCAGAAUCCCGUUUUCGUGCAAGACAGCUACAACUUCACCGUCGAGGAAGGGAAGGCUGGUGCUGUCGUCGGGACUGUCCAGGCCCGAGAUGAAGACGUCGGCGCCAACGGAGAAGUUUAUUACACGAUUGCCGGAAAUGGCGACUUCGGCAUCGAUGAGCAGACGGGCGAGGUGACGACCCGCCGCGCGCUGGACUACGAGCGCCAGCGGGAACAUGUGUUCGUCGUGACGGCCAAGGACAAGGCGCCUGACGCGCGCAUCACCACCGUCAGCGUCACGGUGCGUGUCCAGGACGUGCAGGACGAGAGGCCGUACUUUGAGCGCGCCUUCUACGAGACCGCGGUGCCCGAGAACCAGGAAAAUAUCAACGUUGUCCAGGUCAAGGCCACUGAUCCGGACGGCACUCCCAGCAUCACGUACACCAUCCGGGAAGGCGACCAGUCGUUAUUUUCCGUAGAUCCGGUGACCGGUGUCGUGAGGACGAUCGCCGGCCUCGACUACGAGAAAAAGACGAGCUACACGCUGAUCAUCGGUACUCUGGAGAACGACGCCAACGAUGCCAUGGCCACGUGCACCGUGCGCGUUGCCGUCGAGGACCGGAACGACGUUGCUCCACGCUUCACGAGCGUGCCGUUGCCGAUCAGGCUUCAGGAUACUGUGCCGCUGGGAACCAUCGUGACCACGGUGGUGGCGACGGAUGGGGAUGGAUCGGCACCUGGAAACGUAGUGCGUUAUGAAAUCAGCGGCCAAGGUCGGGCACCAUUCUACUUCCUCAUAGACAGUACCAGUGGCGUAAUAACAGUCAAGGACGAUCUCAGGAAGGAGCCCGACUCGGAGUACAGGAUCGAAGUUCAAGCUAACGACCUCGGAGAUCCCUCGCUAGCAGCUACCGCGGUCGUCACAGUCUACGUGGAGCACAUUGCCACAGUGCCGCCCGACUCUGGCCUUGGUUUCGCCGACGGAUUUUACACGGUCGAAGUACCAGAGAACGCUUUGGCGAACACCUUGGUCAAAUCUUUGCCGAUAAUCAACAAGCCGCGAGGAAAUUUUCCUGUUCAAUGCCAGAUCGUCACAGGAAACGAGAAAGGACAUUUCUACAUACUUGACAACGAACAACGUGACUGUGAAGUGCGUGUUCAAAACCAAAAUCUUGAUUACGAAGAGCAAAAUAAAUACCUCUUGACUGUCCAUCUAAAUACCAUCGGGGGAGUAUUUGGUUCAUCGCGGCUGACUACUCAAGUGGCGGUGCACCUCAUCGACCAGAACGACAACCGGCCCCGCUUCGUGGUGCCGCCUAUGUACAGCCAGCUGACGCAGAACCGCUACCUGGCGGCGCUCUCGUCCGACGCCCCCGCCGGCACGCGCUUCAUCCAAGUCAUGGCUGAAGACCUUGACUCUGGUUCAAAUGGCAAGAUCGCGUACGACCUGUCUCCAGACAGUGACCCCGAUGGAAAAUUCAGCAUUGACCCCCAAACAGGCUACCUGAGCAACGUGAAAACAUUCGAUGAUCUACAAAACGUGGAGCUACCCCUCAAGCUCAAGGUCACUGCCAGGGACAGCCCCGACCUGACGGCCAGAGCACUCACAGAAUCCACCUACGUCUAUGUGAACCUCAUCCGCUACGAGAACCGUCUUGUCUUAGCGAUUGGCGAUGUCUUACCGGACAAGGUGCUGCAACUGAAGGACCACAUAAUGAGCAUAAUCCAGCAGCAGACUCGUCUCAUUGCAAGCGUCGAGAAGGUGGUUGCUCUUAAGGUGCUUCGGAACAACACAAUAGUAACAGAUUUCUCUGGGAGCGAUAUCUGGAUGUACCUGGUCGAACCGGAAAGCUUAAGAAUUUUGACUACAAACGAUCCUCGAGUUCAAAUGUUGGUGAGCAGCGGCAGCGCGCAGUCUUCGUUUCUGGACCACCUGUCGCGCAGCCUGGGCAUCACGGCGCAGCAGCUGCGGACGCCGUACGCGCCGCCCACGGCGCCGCCCAACCUGGUGCGGCCCGUCAAGAUCGCCGGCGGAGACUCGAGCGACCUGGGCGCGGCGCUCAUCGUGCUGGCCUGCAUCAUCGCCGUGCUGGGCUUUGUCGGCAUCGUCUACCACUGCUGCAUGUGGUCGAGGUGGGCCACCUCACGGUACGUGGCCAACAAGGAAAGGAUCAAGCGGAUGUGCGUGGCUCCCAGAUACGAACCAGUCUACGCCGAUUCAAGUUUGAAGGAAUAUGAAACACAGGUGUUGCAGAUGAGUGUUCCGGUGGACGAGGACGGCAGUUGCCACGAGUCUCCGCUCGGGCUGAAGGGUGGUGGCGCCGAGGUGGCCUACUUAGGCGGUGGCCGCACUUCCUACGAGCGGGAGUCACCCAGCUCUAUUGGGAAUGCGUCCACCGCCCGGGUGGGAAGCUGUGCGUCAGCAACUUUCGACGACGUACCAGCCGCCACUCGCAACCCCUUAUACGUCGCCUACAACUCGGAUGAAGAGGAACCGAGUCCAGGCGCAGCGCCACCAGCAGCGAAGACGCUGAGUGGCCUAACCAUGCUGAAGACGCAUCCACCCGCGCCGACCGCCGGGGACAAGUCCAAAUACAUCGCGGGUGUUGAGACGACGACAGAGCUAUGACCUACAUGUAUUUAUUGUGUUGCCCACUUGUACAUACUGUAAAAUGCCCCCUGUGCCAAACAUUAAAGCACACGCUGAUGACACGUAGAGACAAUACGCGACUAAA